UCCGAAGAGCCGAACGCUUGAAGCGGCCAUUUUGUUUGGAAUUUUGGAGCUUCCGCUUGGGAUUCUUUGUGAGGGAGGGUUGAGGAAACAACGGCAGAUUGUACACGACCAAUCUGCAUGAAUUAACGUAGUGAUCUGGAGUGCAGGAAGGGAAUGAAAUUUGAGCUGCUAUUGCUAUCAAUUAGUUUUGACUCUGACACGAAGACCGAUUUGCUGUUCUCUUGUUGGCCAAUAAAUCGUCCCGGCACUGCAGGAAAAUUUGCUCUGGGUUUUUCUUGGCUUAAAUAUUUUACUACAGACAAGUGCAAGACAUAAGAUUACAGAGGAGCCAGGAUGGCUUUGUCACUGAAGAUAAAUGUUGUGAAGAAUAAUAGCAUCAAGACCCUCCAGUUCAACCCUGAAGCAACCGUAGCAGAAGCCCUGAGAAUAAUUCGGGAAAAGGUCCCUGACGCUAGCCCUGGCAAAGUUGCAGACUAUGGAUUAUUCAAACAGGAGGAUGACCCUGCAAAAGGGAAAUGGCUAGAGCCAGCUAGAUCAAUAAACUUCUAUCCAUUGAAAGAUGGUGACAUGCUGGAGUACAAGUCUAAAAUCCGCCUGAUAAAGAUCAAGUUUAUGGAUGGGAAUGUCAAGACAUUACAGAUUGAUGACAGUCACACCGUUGGCCAAAUUUUAGAAACAGUAUGCGUCAAAAUGGGUAUCUCAAACCCCGAGGAGUUUUCUCUUCUUGUGGAAGGCAAAGAUGAUGAAAAAGAAGAAGCUGAGAAAACAUCAACGUUAAAAAGGGAUAAGUCAGUGAUGAAGGAUGUUCCAAUCAAAAGGCUGGAGGAGAGAGACCGCAAGAAGAUGGACCAACUCAAGAAGAAACUCCACACAGAGGAUGACGUUCAGUGGCUUGAUCACGACAAGACAUUGAGAGAACAAGGAACGGACGACAGCCAUACAGUAGUAAUGAGGCGCAAGUAUUUCUACUCGGAUCAAAAUGUGGACAUCAAAGAUCCUGUCCAACUCAACCUUCUUUACGUACAGUGCAGGGAUGGUAUCCUCGAUGGAACGCAUCCGUGCACUCAAGAGGAAGCUUCUCAGCUCGGUGCAAUCCAAAUUCAAGUGCAAUUUGGUGACUAUGAAGAGUCCAAAUACAAGCUUAUUGAUCUGAAGGAAGUUCUUCCAAAGGAAUACGUGAAGUCUAAGAAUAUUGAUAAAAAAAUCAAAGAGGAGCACCGUAAGUUCAACGGUCUAGAUGAACUUCAAGGGCGCUACAAGUACGUCCAGCUUUGCCGUGGACUCAAGACUUAUGGUGUUACAUUCUUCUUGGUCAAGGAAAAGAUGAAGGGUAAAAACAAGCUUGUUCCUCGCCUAUUGGGGAUCACCAAAGAAAGUAUCCUCCGCGUAGACGAGAAAACCAAAGAAGUGAUGAAAACCUGGCCUCUAACUACCGUCCGCAGAUGGGCUGCCUCGCCGAACAGCUUCACACUUGAUUUCGGGGAUUACACGGAAUCCUACUACUCAGUGCAGACCAACGAAGGCGAGAAGAUUUCCCAGCUAAUCGCAGGGUAUAUAGACAUCAUCUUGAAAAAGCGCAAAGGAAUGGAGGGGUAUGACCCGGACUUUGACGAAGUAUCGGCCAUGGAAGAAGACCAAGUCGCGCCCUCCAAAGGGACAUAUCUGGACAGGCAGACUAACAAGGUCGGGCAUGCUUCGGUCGGCUCCGUUGCUCUUCCGGCCGUGGUUCGAGCAGGAGGUCAAGGCUCCUCACGAUACAGCAUGGGCAAGAUGGAGCCUGCGCAGUAUGGCACAGUCUCUGGCUCCGCCCACUCGGCACACAGGCCUCCCAUGGGCUCCCAGGCAAAGCUCCAUAACCUCACGCCGGCACAGCAAGCGUAUAUGAGCAGCUUAAGCCAAGGGAUUGACUCAGUAGAUACCGCUGAUGAGGAACUCAAACGGCCAGUCAACAUCGUAGCGUUAGGCUCGGACCCGGCGUCUCUCAAGUGGAAGCAGAACACACUGGAUGUCUCUCGCCAGAACGUCGCCUCACGUCUGGCUGCUCUCUCCGCCUCGUGCGCCUCCAUCGUCAACGUCACUUCAGGUGAACCCGGAGACACAAACUACACUGCCGCUGGUGCUGCCGUGCAUGUAAUCUCGGCUAAUCUGCAAGACCUCUCCAAAGGCAUCAAACUCAUCGCUGGUCUACUCGACAAUCAGGAUGACAGCAGUAAACUGCUGGAUGCUGCCCGUGGGCUCGCCGGCGCUUUCUCCCUGCUGCUGAAGGCUGCUCAGGAAGGUGCUGGAGGGGACAAGGAGAAGCGAAGCCAGCUGCUGAACGCCGCCGGUAACGUGGGCUCAAGUGGAGCUCAACUGCUGGAGUACAUGGGUGAGCCCGAGGUGGACCAGGAGACGCAGGAAACUCUUUUAAAACUCGCCCAAGCCGUCGCCAACGCGACCGCCACCCUAGUGCUCAAAGCCAAGAACGUGGCGAGUCAGUGUCCCGACACGGCCCAGCAGAACAAGGUGAUUGGCGCUGCCAAGGACACGGCAAUGACCACCUCCCAACUUGUGGCAUGCGUCAAGCUUGUCGUGCCUUCCAUCACCAGCCAGAUGUGCCAGGAACAAGUGGUGGAGUCCGCCAAACAGGUCGCCAAGGCCGUGGAGGAUACCGAGGGUGCCUGCAAGGGUGCUUGCGAUCCCGACUCUGAGAAUAUGAAUGUUCUGAUUGACGCGGCUCAAGGCGUCAGGGACGCACUGAACGCCCUGCUAAAAAAGGUCCGCGAGGGUGGAGAGAGGCCAACAGAAGGCGAGAAGUACGGUGAGACAUGCGAUGACAUCCUUGGUGCCACUGAUAGGCUCUUCAACAGUAUGGGUAACGCCGGUGAGAUGGUCAAGCAAGCCAAGAUUCUUGCUCAGGCCACCUCAUCACUUGUGAGCGGCAUCAAGUCUGAAGCGGAAGUGCAAGACGAUGAUGACAACCAGAAGCGACUGUUGGCUGCUGCUAAGCUGCUCGCAGACGCAACCGCCAAGCUAGUAGAGGCAGCAAAGGGCGCGGCGCGAAACCCUAAUGACGCAGAUGAACAAGAAAAACUCAAGCGUGCAGCAGAGGACCUGCGCUCAGCUACUAACACCGCGGCUAGUGACGCACUCAAGAAGAAACUCGUCAAACGGCUUGAGAAUGCAGCCAAGGAGGCGACUGGUCAGACCACUCAACUGGUAGCUGCAGCCCAAGCAGCCGCGCCUGUCAACCGUAACCAGGCCUCCCAGCAACAGCUCAUGGACCAACUGAAGCCGGUGGAAGACCAGAUCGCGCGUCUUCUAGAAUCCCUGCGAGACUGCUCCAAUAACCCGGAUGAUGCUAACAGUCAACUCAACCUCAUCAAUGUCUCAAAGAUGUUCAUUCCGCCGGUGGCAAAACUUGUGGCGUUUUCAAAGGCAGCGCUGCCUACAAUAGACGAGCCUAUGUACGCCUCUCAGCUGGGCAACUUCUCCAAGAGCACAGCGGCCUCUCUUAACGAACUACGGAACGCGGCAGAAAAGGCCGCCGAGGCAUGUGGCACGCUGGAGGUGGAUAGUGCGUUGAAGAGACUCAAGGCUCUCGACGAUGACCUCAAGGCGGUCGAACGCGCUGCAGAGGAAGGGGAAUUGGUGCCAUUGCCUGGAGAAAACCCUGAGUCUUCUGCGCUUGAGCUCGGUGCCACGUCCAAGACUGUGGGAUCGUCUAUGGCUCAGCUGUUAACUGCUGCUGCACAGGGCAAUGAGAGCUACACAGGCAUUGCCGCACGUGACACGGCCAACGCCCUGAAGAACCUGACGCAGGCUGUGAGGGGCGUGGCUGCUGGAACUAGCGAUAAGGACGCGCAGAAGAAUAUCGUACAGGCGGCGCGUGGUGUGAUCCAAGAAUCAGCCAAACUAAUUAACGAGGCGAAGAAAGCACUGAAUAAUCCAGGAGACCCGAACAAUCAACAGCGACUUGCACAGGUUGCCAAGGGCGUAUCGCAAGCACUGAACAACUGCGUCAACUGCCUGCCCGGUCAGAGAGAGGUCGAAGACUCUAUCAAAGCCGUCUCAGCUGCCUCUCAAGCCCUCUCCAAGGAAGAGUUUCCGCCCACUACAGAGCCGUACCAGAGGAAUCAGGAAAAACUAAGCCAAUCAGGUGCUGCCCUCAAUGCCGCGGCUAGUGACGUGGUCAGCGCGUCACGUGGGUCACCGAAUCAGCUCGCGACCUCUACCAAGAACUUUUCGCUGUCUUAUCAGGGCCUUGUGAACAGCGGUCUUAUGCUUGCUGGGCAGGCGCCGGAUGAGGCAGCUAAAGACGCCCUUGUUCGUAAUUUGCGCAACACUUCCACCGCUUCUAGCAAGCUCUUGCUGGCCGCUCGAUCAUUGGUCUCUGAUCCAAACGCACCAAACGCGAAGAACGCCCUAGCGAAUGCCGCGAGAGCUGUGACGGAUAGCAUCAACACUCUGCUGAAUGCUUGCAUGUCUGCUGCGCCAGGACAAAAGGAGUGUGAUAGUGCACUUCGGAAUAUUCAGGCCGUGAAUACUAUCCUGGACAACCCAGUGGAACCUGUUAACGAUUCCACGUACUUUGAUUGUUUGGAGACUGUUGCUGGCAAGUCCAAGGACCUGACAGAGGCCAUGCCUGUGAUAGCGGAUAGCAUAAAGCAGGCUGACUACAACAAAUUCGACAGAUCCAUCAAGCGCGCUUCUAAUGCCGUGUGUGCACUCACGGAGACCGCAGCCCAGGCUGCAUAUCUUGUCGCAGUUGCUGAUCCCUCGAGUGUGGCUGGAAAACCUGGUUUGAUUGACCAGGAACAGUUCAUCAACGCCAAGCAAGAGAUCAACGACGCUUGUCAGAGCUUACUAAAUCCCGACUCCAGUCAACAGAGGGUCCUGGCUGCAGCUACCGCUGUGGCUAAACACACCUCCGCACUAUGCAACGCCUGCAAGGUUGCGUCCGCAAAGACACACGAGCCCGCAGCCAAGAGACAGUUUGUCCAGGCGGCCAAGGACGUGGCUAACAACACCGCCAAUCUUGUCAAACAGAUCAAGACGUUUGCUGGUAACAUGAACGAUGACAACCGGAAAUCAUGCGCCAGCGCUACUCGUCCGCUACGGAACAGCGUAGAAAGCCUAACUGCGUAUGCGCUCUCCCCAGACUUCGCUCCUGUCCCGGCCAAGAUCAGCGAUGAGGCUCGGUCAGCACAAGUCCCUGUGAUCAUGGCUGGCAAGUCGAUCGCGAACUCUGGUGCGAACUACUUCAACGCUGCCAAGCUGAGCGUGGUUAACCCGCAGGACACGAACGCCUGGCAGAAUCUACAACAGACGGCCAAGCAGGUCGCAGAUGCCAUGCGUAGACUCAUCACCGCUAUCAAAGACAACGCACCAGGUCAAAGAGAAUGCGAUCUUGCUAUUGAGGACAUCAAUACUGUCAUCAACAAUCUCGACCAGGCGUCCCUGGCAAAUAUCAGCGAUGGACUGGAGCCGAGGACAGAGCAGCCUCUGCAGGUGUACCAGGAGAGGAUGAUGCAGAACCUGGGUGAGAUGAACCCUGUGGUGGAGCCGCUUGGUGUUGCAGCCAAGUCUCAGCCCGAGAACAUUGGACACUUGGUAGCGAAGAUGACUGACUUUCUUGUACCCCUGUGUGAUGCUGCAAUCGGCGCUGCGUCACUCAUGAAAAACAGCAAGCGCAAAGGAGACCUGUUGGAUCAGACUAAGACAGUGGCAGAGUCUGCUGCCCAGAUGAUGUACGCUACAAAGACUGCAGGUGGCAACCCCCAGGUCCACCACGCCCACCCUGCAGUCGACGAGGCCGCACAGAGUAUGCAUGACGCUAUUUACGACUUGAAAAACACGAUUGAGCAAGACGCCAGUGAAUCGGGCAUCGUCUCCGGACUCGUGGACAGCAUCAGUAAAACACUGUCUGAGCUUGGUCAGUCCCCAUAUGACUCCGUGGACGCGUACCGCCGCGGUGCCUAUGAACCGUUUGUGGUCUACCAGGAGCGCAUGACCAAAGCAAUGAAGGACUUAGUGCGCAAAGCACAAGACAUGGUUGGCAAGUCGAGCACAGACCCCACCAAGCUUGGCCCUCUUGCCAAGGACAUCAGCAACUUGUAUGAUGACAUCGCCCAUAACGCGCGUGGGGCUGUCGCGACUGUUGGCAACGCCGACGUUGCCGGUCGUAUUCGCAAUGGCGUGCAAGGGCUUGGCGAGUCGUGCAUCGGUCUUGUGCAGAGUGCAGGGGCCGUACAGGCAACUCCGACUGACCCUUACUCCAAGAAAGAUCUAGCCGACCGUUCCCGACAAGUUGCCGAAAAGGUUUCCCAUCUGCUGGCUGCUCUGAUCACGGGCUCACGUGGUACCCAGGCUUGUAUCAACGCCGCGUCCACCGUCCAGGGCAUUGUGAGUGACCUGGACACUACUGUCAUGUUUGCAACCGCUGGCACACUGAACCCUGAAACUCCUGGAGAGACAUUCGCAGAUCACAGAGAGGAUAUCCUACGCACCGCCAAGGUACUGGUGGAGGACACUAAGCGCCUUGUAGCAUCCGCGCAAGCAUCACAAGACGUCCUGGCGACUGCCGCCGAGUCAUCGGUCGGCAGCGUGUCAAAACUGACCGAUCACGUAAAACUCGGCGCUGCAGCCAUGGGCUCUGAUGACAGUGAUGCACAGCAAAUGCUUCUGAAUGCCGCUAGAGACGUGGCCUCCGCCCUCGGGUCACUCAUCAACUCAACGAAGAAUGCAUCCGGGAAAUCACCUAACGACCCCGCUAUGGAGCCUCUCAAGUCUUCAGCAAAGACGAUGGUGUCGAACGUUUCGUCGCUGUUAAUGACGGUCAAGACAGUUGAGGACAAGACGAUGCGUGGGACACGUGCGAUGGAGUCUUCGAAUGAGGCCAUCAAACAGGCAAUCAUGGUUCUCAACUCCCCUACGCUCCCCGCACGUGACGCCUCACCAGAAGACCUCAUCAGAAGCACCAAGGGCGUCACCCUGGCAACGGCCAAAGCGGUGGCUGCCGGGAACUCCUGCAAUCAGGAUGACGUCAUUGCAGCAGCUAACAUGGGCCGUAAGGCUGUUACAGAGAUGUUAUCGAUCUGCAAAGCCGCGGCAGUCAAGGCCGAUACGGAUGAGGUGAAAUACGCGACCAUCGUGGCCGGUCGCGACACGGCCGCAGCUUACGGAGAGGUCUCCGAGCUUGUCAUUAACAUCCUUCAAAAGCCAACGCCUGAGAAGAAGGCACGCUUGAUGCCUUUGUCCAAAAAAGUCGCCGAAGGAGUUGGCAAAUUGGUACGGACCGCCGAAACACUCAAAGGAUCGGAAUGGGUUAAUCCUGAAGACCCUAACAUCAUCGCCGAGAAUGAGCUUCUUGGGGCGGCUGCUUCAAUCGAGGCUGCGGCGCGCAAACUCGCCGAGCUCAGACCAAAACCCAGGCCAAAGGAAGCGGACGACAGCCUGAAUUUCGAGGAACAGAUCUUGGAAGCAGCUAAGGCCAUCACCGCUGCAACCGUAGCGCUCGUCAAGUCUGCGUCCGCUGCUCAGAGAGAACUCAUCGCUACCGGAAAGAUUUUCUCGGCUGGAACCGAUGCACGAGAGGACAACCAAUGGUCCCAGGGCCUUGUUUCCGCGGCACGCACGGUGGCCGCUGCUACUCAAACUCUUUGCGAGGCCGCCAAUGCUGCUGUCCAAGGCAAUGCUAGCGAGGAAAGACUUGUGGCCGGAGCCAACCAGGUGGCGUCUUCCACGGCGCAGCUGUUACUCGCAUGUCGCGUCAAGGCCGAUGCUCACAGCGCGACCCAGAGAAGGCUCCAGGUCGCCGGUAACGCGGUCAAGCGCGCCGCAGAGAACCUGGUGCGAGCCGCCAAGAGUGCGGCCGUGUUUGAGGAGGAGGAGACGACGAUCAUAAUCAACACUCGGUUCGUGGGCGGGAUCGCGCAAGAGCUCGAGGCCCAGGAACACGUGCUCAAGAUCGAAAAAGAGCUCGAGGCGGCCAGGGUUAAACUCAGCAAGAUUAGACAAGCCAAGUAUAGACCGGAGGACGAAGAGGACUUAUAGAGAUGAGCGCGGGUAGAUAUAAAUUAAACCUGGAUAAAUAGGAGAAUUGGUAAUUUGUAUAGGACUAGAGUUUUAAAAGAAGAAUCCUUUUGUAGAUCCAAAUUUGAAAUGGGACUCCAUUCAAGAAAACAAAUAUAUUUAAAAUAAGACGAAUUUUCUUUAAAUUCCCGAGAAAAUUGCUCAAGUUCUGUCGAAGAUAAUGAAUGCAUUUUUCCACAAAGAGCAAACAGCGCCAAUACUACUCACUGGCACUGCUCCGCUCGGUUGACCACAGCAGAGAAAUUAUCGGUACUACUCCACAAACUUCCCAACUUUGUGUGCCAACGGAGCCAACAUUGCUGGUGUGAUGGGUCAUGUUGGCUGAUUUGGGCAGCAGUGCCGGGACAAUCCAAUGUUUACCGUGAUUUAUAAGAGAUAUCGUUAGAAAUAUUGCGUUCCUAGUGAACGUUAUCAGCUUGUAAUCAGCUUAGUUUGAUUGUAGAACGAUGGGCAGUUCUAGCGAAGGCUAUUUCAGUAUGCUAGUGAUGGCCUGACAAAUUGCAAGUCUGUGGAAAAUGACCUUUUUGGUGCAUGAAUUUAUUCGUUGGUACCUAGGUACCUUGCAUGUUCCAGUUAAUUGGAUAGUAGAUAAAAUAAGUAUGAUUAAAUAAAUCAAUUUAGUGUAGUGUAGACGUUAUUAAAAUGAAUACGUGUUGUAUUCUUUGGUCAGUGGAACACUUUGUCUUCGCAUAUUUGCGAAUUUAUAAUAACUUUACCUAGCUAAGGAAUCCAGCCUGGCCUUAACACAGGAAUUCCGCCUCAUUGAGUUUAGCAAAAGUAAGGGAUUGGCUACGGCGAAAGAAAUCGAACUCUACCCUAUCAAGAUAAGUGGCUUUACUAGAAAAAAACCCUGCACCCAACGUUAAUAAAAUAGAUAUUUUUGUACUUGAAA